AUGACGAAAGCACCUCAAGAUUUACAAAUCGCCAUUUUGGGUGCAGGCAUGGGCGGUCUGACUUCUGCUUUGGCUCUUGCUCAGCAGGGAUUCAAGUACAUCGAUGUCUAUGAGAAUGCAAGUGAUCUUGGCUUUGUCGGCGCUGGCAUUCAAUUGGCACCUAACAUGGCCCGCGUUUUGGAUGGACUUGGUGUUUGGAAGGGCAUUGAGGCCGAGGCCGUGAAUAUUGAGGAAACUUCAGUGCGAGACGGCGCAACGGACACUGAGCAUGCAUAUGUGGAUCUACGCUACAUUGAGAAGACAUACGGAUAUAAACACAUGGUUGGUCAUCGUGCAUCACUAGCCAGUGGACUAUAUAACGGCUGCAAGCAACACCCCGCAAUCAAGUUCCACUUUGGAAUCAAUGUAGAUAACGUGGACUCGUUCGGCCCUCGGCCAUCAUUCACAGCUAGCCCCCGUGCCGAGGGAACUGCCCCGUUCAAGGUUGAGUGUGAUGUCCUGCUCGCUGCCGAUGGUAUAAAGAGCAUCACCCGCGUCGAGAUGCUGAAGCGACUGGGGGUUAAUGUUGGCGUCAAGGACACCCAACAGGCCGCGUAUCGUAUCAUGAUCCACAAGGAGCAGAUCAAGGACGACCCCGAGCUUUUGGCCCUCAUCAACAGCAACCGUGUAACCCGCUGGAUUGGCGCAAAGCGUCACAUUAUUGCUUACGCCGUUUCUAACAACACCAUCUACAACAUCUCCACUACCCAGCCCGACACCAACUUUGCAGCCGCCACAAACGCCACUUACACCACCAAGGGCUCUAAGCCUGCCAUGAUGGGUGUCUUCGCUGACUUCUGUCCCAUGGUCCAGCGCAUGCUAAAAUACGUUCCCGAGGGCGAGAUCUGCGAGUGGAAGCUGCGCGUCCAUGAGCCGCUCCCCACUUGGAUUCACGACUCCGUCGCUUUAGUUGGUGAUGCUUGCCACCCUACUCUGCCCCACCUCGCUCAGGGUGCUGCACAGGCUAUUGAAGACGGAGCUGUUAUCGGUGUGGUUCUCUCCAAGCUGCCGGAUACCACCCCAGAGUCGAUCAACAAGGCUCUCCGUGUUUAUGAAAAAGUUCGCAAGAGUCGCGCUGAAGCUUUGGUCGAGAUGGCCAGCGCUUCUGGUCGUGCCCUGCACUUGGGUGACGGUGCUGCCAAGGAGGAGCGUGACAAGCAGUUCGCUGCCCUCCGCGCUGGCAAGGGUCCCGUGCCUGAUAAGUGGGCCGAUGCCGAUGUCCAGCGUGAGAUCUAUGGCUUUGAUUGCACUAAGGUCACUUCGGAUAGUUUUGACGAGUACUUCUCGCAGAUGUAA